AUGGCGUCCUCACGUUCCCAGUCUUCCUCCUGCCUUGCCAAAAGCCGUGGGAGCCGAGGCCCAGCUACGGAGCGGCGCCGGGUGCCGGCACAGGCCGGGCAGGGCUGCGGCGGGCCCCGGCACAGCAGCAGGGGUAGAUCCGGGGCCGGCGGUGCCAGGAGCUCGGCACCAGCGAAGGCCGCGGCCGCGCUCCCUUGUGGCCGUUCCCGGGCGGGCCGGGCCCGGGCCCGCACGGCCCAGCAGGCUUGGCCCGAGCCGCCUUCGGGCGCGGGGCUGCCGGGGGAGCUGGACCGGCGGUGCUGGAUGGCGCUGUGCUGCGAGCGGCUGCCGCAGGAGCCUGCCGUGCCAGGUAGCGCUCCCAGCCAGCCCGCUCCGGCCGGCAGCUCCGCGCUUGGGCCAGAGAACCGCUCCUGUGGUACAUUGGUGGCAGAAGAGGAGUUGCUGGUGAGAGAGGCAGGUGGAGAUCCUCCAGCACCUUUUCUGGAUGGACAGCAUUACUACGAACAGGGGUUGUAUGAAAAAGCAUUAAAACAAUUUGAAAAAAUCAAGGAUACAGAUUUUCAAGCAAUGUAUCAGCUUGGUGUAAUGUAUUAUGAUGGACUUGGCACUAAAAAAGACCCUGAAAAGGGAGUGGAAUACAUGAAUAAAAUACUCAACUCUGAUUCCCCAGAAGCAAGACACUUGAAGUUUGCAGCUGCAUACAAUCUUGGCAGGGCAUAUUAUGAAGGAUGUGGUGUUAAACAUUCAACUGAAGAGGCUGAAAGGUUGUGGCUUACUGCUGCAGAUGAUGGAAAUCCAAAAGCAAGCAUAAAGGCCCAGAGUACUUUAGGAAUGCUUUAUUCUAUGCCAAGUCUAAAAGAUCUGGAGAAGGCUUUUUUCUGGCAUUCAGAAGCAUGUGGCAAUGGAAAUCUGGAAUCACAAGGAGCACUUGGCAUUAUGUAUCUCUAUGGACAAGGUACACAUCAAAACACUAAAGCUGCUUUGGAGUGUUUGAGAAAAGCAGCAGAACUUGGAAACAUCUAUGCUCAAGGCCAUCUAGUGGAAUAUUACUACACUAGAAAAUUUUACUCAAAAGCUGCUGCACUAGCCAAAAGGGCUACAAAAAAUGAUGAGAUCAACAUGCUAGCCAAGAUAAGUGAUUGUCACCCAACAUAUGUAGCCAAGGGGGCUGCUAUGGCUGCUUUCUACUUAGCUAGAUGCUUCCAGCUUGGCCGAGGCACACAGAAGGACCAGGAUGCUUCUGAGAGGUACUAUUCUAAAGCAUGCCAUCUGGAUCCUGCUGUUGCUUCUCACCUUGAAUCGGCAGCUAAUCUUGGGAGAAUUUAGUG